GUGUGUGUGUGGAGGCGGGGAGGGAAACCCAUGACUUCCGUGUUUUUUUCCUCUAUCUUUAAGCGUGCUCUGGAGAGGGCCCUAUAAAUGACCCUGUCAUGGAGCUCAGAGCCGCCACACUCUACCAGACAGCAGGAUUGAGCUGAGGUGAUAACCAGAGCGGACUAAACUCCCAGGAAGCAACUGACCCGUCAGCUGGAGGACUGACUUUAACUUCUAUUUUAUUUAUUUUGUUUUAAUUUUUUUACUUCUUUUCCUUUUUUUUUUUCUUUUUUUUUUUUGCAUCUUUUGAGCGUUUCGCGCCGCAAGACAAUCUCGACAACAGCAGACAGACCAAUGGAGCAAAGCAGCAGCCAGGCGGACGUGGAGUCUCUCCAGAAAAGCGUCAGACGGCGUCGGAGCUUCGUGGAUUUCUUCCUCGGCAUGUCCGUCGUGAUUCUGUUCGUGGCGGUGACGGCUCUGGCUGUCGGCGGGAUGCUGGUGGUGAAGGAGCUGCGCUCCGAGCUGCGUGACCCGGUAUCUGGAAGCGCUCGCCUGGUGGACAGUGGGUCCGCCACUUCAGCUUUCAAGAUGCACAAUUUUGCUUACUUGAAAGCCGCAGAGAGUAAACUAGACAACACUACCAUGUCUUGGAAAGUCGGCCAGUCCUCUCAAGGGGCAUCAGUUGGGAGCAACUUCCAGUACGACCCAUCGAAACGAUCCCUGACGCCAUCGAAGAAGGGGAUCUACUUCAUGUACAUCCAGGUCACUGUCAACUGCAACCACAAAUGCCAAGCAGGCGUCCUCAAGCUGGAGGUGAACGACAAGCUGACCUGCCAUGUGGAGCUUACAGACGACGUGGAGAAAACGCCCGUGAGUCAAAAGUGCUGGACGGUGACCCCGCUGGACAGCGAAGACCUGAUCACUCAGAUGACUGUACCGAAGACGACACUUGAGAACUGGAGUUUGGAUCAGGACAGAUCGGGCCUCGGGGUGUUCCUCGUAGAGUGACGAUCUGCGGACCGCGGAUGUCCGGAAGAGAACGGGACCCUGACCCUGUGGGGGGUCAAACUCGAACACCAGUGACUCCUUUGUUUAAGCUCAGGAAGGUGGAAACGUGCCGGUACCGGUACCAGUCAAGACUUGAGGUGGGAUGUGUUUUGUUGCACUGAAGAUUUAAAACCAAAGAGUCUCUGCAAGGACUGUAAAGAGAAAUCUCAGGAGAAACAUCACUCACCUGUAAAAUCCUCCUCCUCCCUGAAAAAAGCUCAGUUUCCUGCAUCGUCUUGCAGUGUAUUUAUUUCAGGUUUUAUUUAUGUAUCUAUAUUUAUAACGCUGUGGGAAUGUAUUUCUGCUGUAGAUGCCACUACAUUUGUGUUGAUGUGCAAUGCAUUGUCACCGCACUGAUUUGGUUCAGUUUUGAACUCGGGGAGCUGGAUGUUGUUUCAUUAAAAAAAAAGGGCAACACGUCGUCAAGGAGACAAAGUUCUGCAGUCGCCACCAGCGAUUACGGAUGAGACGCAUUCCAUGUGGAAACUCGCGAGCCGGGAAAACGUUCCGCUUGUGAGGAGAAAAUGUAAGUCCUGUGGACGAAACUAUUCAAACGUGAAUGUAUUUUUGAUGUAAUCCAUGUCAAACAUGGAUGUAAUGUUGUUAACUUUAUUGCAAAAAUGAAUAAAUAAAUCAAAAUCAAAACGUAAAGUCACA